AGGAGGAAGGCAGAAGAACGAAACCGUCGGUGAGUGUAUCAGUGUCCUAAUAGGAAAACUGAAAAUACAAGGGGAGUGUACAGUGUACACUGUGUGUCAAUGAUCGAGUGAAAAAGGAGACGACUUGUUAAGCGGUGUGUCUUCAAGUGUCGUGCAUGCAUUUUAUGCAUCUGUUGCUUUGCAUGCACUCUCUCUCUCUCUUUCUCUCCUUCUCUCUCUCUUCCUCCUUCUCUCUCUUACCCUCUUUCAUAUACAAAAUACACGCUUUCUUUCUUGGUCUUACCCACAGAGCCCCAAAACCCCCCCACCCCAACUCGCCGUUACAACUUACGUCUGUGAAACGGUAAAAACCCACUGAGUUUGACUCGUUUCUUCUUCCGGAGCUCACUCUAUUCUGCUCGUGGUUUCUGCUCAAUAUUUGAAUGACUAGUCGUUUUCAAGAUUUGGGUUUUGCAGAUUUGGACAAAAAAAAGGGUUUGCAGGGGUUGAAUUUGGGAUAAUGGGGUCCAGGAUUUGCAUGAAUGUUUUGUGUGGAACGACUAAUACGCACGAAUGGAAGAAAGGUUGGCCUUUACGAUCUGGUGGAUUUGCCCAUCUAUGCUUCAAGUGCGGAGCUGCAUAUGAGAAAUUAGUUUACUGUGAUAAAUUCCAUGCGGGGGAAACUGGUUGGAGGGACUGCAGUUUGUGCCGCAAGCCUCUCCACUGUGGAUGCAUAGUCUCGAAGUCAUUGUAUGAGUGCCUGGACUAUGGGGGUGUAGGGUGUAUUAGCUGUGCAAAGAGUUCUCAACCUCGUGUGAUCCAGAAUGAUGAUGUUCUGAAUGGAUUUGGUGGAUUGAAAAUAAGUAACUACAGUGAUCGGCAAUCUACUGUUGUUCAGAAUGGAGCAUUUAGUAAUACUGUUGACGAAGGAAAACUUUUGCAAUUGUGCAAGAUCAUGGAGGCAAAUGAAUCCAACCUUUUGCCUCAACCUCAGAGAGGUGACAUAAAUGUAUCCCUUGUGCAAAAGAAACAAGAAGAAGUGAUAAAUCAUAAUGGGGAAGUUGGCUUGGGAUUUCCAAGUACUACUCAGCCAUCUAUUGGAUCAUUGACAUUUUCCAAAUCAGACAAUGGUAGAACAAUGAUAGAAGAUAUAAAUAAAUCAUCCUCUCAGCCGUCUUUGAGUAUGACUCUGGGAUCCCCAUCUGCAACUCCAAGUUUUGUACAACCCUUUCCUGGGGGGCUUGUGGAUGGAAGAGAACAGAGCAAGACACCUUCUUCCUUUCAACAGGGGCAUGGAAGAGAACAGAGCAUGACACCUUCCUUCCAGCAGGGGCUUGUGGAUGGAAGAGAACAGAGCAAGACACCUUCGUCCUUCCAACAAGGGCUUGUGGAUGGGAGAGAACAGAGCAAGACACCUUCUUCCUUCCAACAAGGGCUUGUGGAUGGAAGAGAACAGAGCAAGACACCUUCUUCCUUCCAACAGGGGCAAAAAUCUCGGCCUAUUUUGCCCAAGCCCUUGAAACCUUCUGUCACUAUGAGUUCAGAGACAAAUAAAGGUGGAUUUCCUAAUGUGCGCGUUGCAAGGCCACCUGCUGAAGGGCGGGGGAAGAAUCAAUUACUUCCCCGAUACUGGCCGAGGAUUACUGACCAAGAGCUGCAGAAAUUAUCUGGAGAUUUGAAUUCUGCUAUUGUGCCACUGUUUGAGAAGGUGCUGAGUGCCAGUGAUGCAGGUCGAAUUGGUCGUCUGGUUCUCCCAAAAGCAUGUGCUGAGGCAUAUUUUCCUCCUAUUUCUCAAUCAGAAGGCCUUCCUAUAAGGAUUCAAGAUGUGAAGGGGAAUGAAUGGAUGUUUCAGUUCAGAUUUUGGCCAAAUAAUAAUAGCAGGAUGUAUGUUUUAGAAGGUGUAACACCUUGCAUACAGUCUAUGCAACUGCAAGCGGGUGAUACUGUGACAUUCAGUCGGAUAGAUCCUGGAGGCAGACUUGUAAUGGGAUUUCGGAAGGCAUCCAAAUCGCUAGAUAUGCAGGACCCCCAAAAAUCUAUGCUUCCCAAUGGCAGCACUCCUGGGGAAACUUCCUGUCCUAAUGUUGUUGAGAAUCCGGCAACAGGAAGUGGUCACCUUGGCCUUUUCCAAACAAAUACAGGAAGCAAGGAUCCUCACCUACAUGCUCUAUCGGAACAUUUGCAUUUGACUGAUGGGGAUAUGAGCCUGCAUAAAAAUGAUUAUCAUGGUCACAGAACAAGUGAGGAUUUGCUGCAGCAGCCAGUGUUGAAUUCUGACAAGAAGAGGGCCCGAAAUAUUGGGCCUAAAAGCAAGAGGUUGCUCAUGCAUAGUGAAGAUGUUCUGGAGCUGAGGCUGACAUGGGAAGAAGCACAGGACUUGCUUCGUCCACCCCCGAGUGUCAAACCAAGCAUUGUCACUAUUGAAGAUCAUGAAUUUGAGGAGUAUGAUGAGCCCCCAGUUUUUGGGAAGAGAUCUCUAUUCACUGCGUCAUCAUCUGAGAGACAGGAACAAUGGGCUCAAUGUGAUGAUUGCUCCAAGUGGCGGAGGUUGCCUGCUGAUGUUCUUCUCCCUCCAAAGUGGACGUGUUCAGAAAAUUCUUGGGAUACAAGCAGGCGCUCAUGUUCUGCACCAGAGGAGAUGAGCCAGAAGGAUUUGGAUAGUCUUCUAAGAGCAAGCAAGGAUUUAAAGAAGCGAAGAAUCAUAGAGAACUGUACGGAAGCCCAAGAACAUGAACCUUCGGGCUUGGAUGCCCUGGCUAGUGCUGCCAUUCUGGGAGAUAAUGUGGUUGACUCAGGUGAGCAAUCAGUUGGAGCCACCACCAGACAUCCACGUCACCGCCCAGGCUGCACUUGCAUAGUAUGCAUUCAACCUCCAAGUGGGAAGGGCAAGCACAAGCCAACAUGCACAUGCAAUGUGUGCUUGACAGUUAGACGGCGCUUCAAAACCCUCAUGAUGCGCAAGAAGAAACGCCAAUCAGAACGUGAAGCAGAGAAUGCUCAGAAGGAUAAUAACAACCACAAAGAUGAGUCAGAAAUAAAUGGCCCAUCAACAGAGGUUGGGUUGCAUAUGAAUCACUCAUCGGAGAAUGGAGGCUGCCAGAGCAGAAUUGAAGCUGAUGUGGCUGAAAGUUCCAGCGCUGGACAAAUUGAUCUGAAUUGUGAACCCAACCCGUAUGUGCAGGCUUCAGGAUUGACCUUGUUGAGGCUUGCUGACGCUGCCUCCCAACCAUUAAACAACUUCAUGAAGGAAAGUUGCCUCACAAACAUGAUGUGUGAGCCAAAGGCUGGUAUUGGUUCCUCUUUACUUACACAAGCUACUGAUGAGAGUGAAAGACGCCUUUCAGCUGUUGCGGCAUGGGACUGCGAGGGUAGAGGUGAUGCAGACUGAAACAAUCCGGCUGUUGCCCUGGUUCUUUUUUUUUUUUUUUCUUUUUUGGUUGUCAAAGUAUAACUUUAUUUUGUUUUUACCUUUAAUGGGCAGUGUUAUACAUCUCUACCAGUUCUAUAGAGUCAAUGAAUGCAUUGGUUCGUCUGU